CAAAUCGCUAUUAUCCGACGUGGCUUCCUUUCCUCGGCUCCGGUGACCACCACCGACGAUACGCCGCCGUAUCGCCACCUACUACAUCAAUAGUAACGCCAUCAGGCUAUUAAAAUAAUAACGAAUUCCGCAGACUUUUGAAAAUCUGUCAUUUCGCAUCCGUUUUUCUGCUAGGGUUUUUGCGUUUUGAAGCUUCUCCUUUUUCGUUUUUUUGUCGCCAUUUCUUCUUCGAUCAGCGAAGAAGCUAUACGAUCAUGGCCUUCUCAUCCUCCUUCGCUCGAUCUGCCAUUUCCUCUUCUCUGAUCGAAGCUUCUCGUUCUGACUUGUCGCCGUCUAACUGCCGGAAGGCUUCAUGCGUCGGGAGCUCUUUAAAGCUUCAAUCUGGUGUUUUUGGAACUGCUGUCUCGAAUGGGGCGUCUUCUUUACAGUUAAGGUCAUCUAAAAGUCGAACUGUCCAACCCAUCAAAGCUACGGCCACCGAGGCGCCUCCGACGAUCCAAAAAACUCCGAGCAGUGGGAAGACCAAGAUAGGAAUCAAUGGUUUUGGUCGAAUUGGAAGACUGGUAUUGCGAAUUGCAACCUCCAGAGAUGAUAUCGAUGUUGUAGCAGUUAAUGAUCCAUUUGUUGACGCCAAGUACAUGGCUUACAUGUUCAAAUACGAUUCUACCCAUGGUGUUUUUAACGGAACCAUCAAGGUUCUCAGUGAUUCAACCUUGGAAAUUAAUGGGAAGCAGAUCAAAGUUGUAAGCAAAAGGGACCCUGCAGAUAUCCCUUGGGGUGAUUAUGGGGCCGAAUAUGUUGUUGAGUCCUCUGGAGUUUUCACUACUAAAGAGAAGGCUUCAGCACACCUGAAGGGUGGUGCUAAGAAAGUUGUAAUCUCAGCUCCAUCAGCUGAUGCACCUAUGUUUGUAGUUGGUGUUAACGAAAAAACUUAUAAGCCGACAAUGGAUAUUGUUUCCAAUGCAAGUUGUACAACCAAUUGUCUUGCACCUCUCGCAAAGGUUGUUCAUGAGGAAUUUGGCAUUGUUGAAGGUCUAAUGACUACAGUGCAUGCAACAACAGCAACACAAAAGACUGUCGAUGGCCCUUCAAUGAAGGAUUGGAGAGGAGGCCGUGGGGCUGCACAAAAUAUAAUUCCUAGCUCUACUGGUGCUGCCAAGGCUGUUGGCAAAGUUCUUCCGGAGCUAAAUGGAAAGCUUACUGGAAUGGCUUUCCGCGUCCCAACUCCCAAUGUAUCUGUUGUGGACUUAACUUGCCGACUUCAAAAGAGUGCUUCUUAUGAAGAUGUGAAGGCAGCAGUAAAAUAUGCAUCCGAAGGUCCAUUGAAAGGCAUUCUUGGAUAUACCGAUGAGGAUGUUGUCUCUACAGAUUUUCUUGGGGAUUCGAGAUCAAGUAUUUUUGAUGCAAAGGCUGGAAUAGGUCUCAGUGCCUCAUUCGUGAAGCUGGUGACUUGGUACGACAAUGAAUGGGGAUACAGCAACCGAGUACUGGACCUUAUUGAGCACAUGGCAAUGGUUUCAGCCUUCAAUUAAAUGACAGUGUCUUGUCAUCGGCAAAGCCCCGAGCAGUUCUUGUGAUUUUUGAUCGUAAGUAGUUGGUUGAAGUGAGAUAGGUUUCUAUUUUUUUUUUUCUUGGAAUGGAAUCAUUCGGUUGCUUGUGUAGAACAGUAGAAGCUAGUUUAAAAUAAGGAAUAUUUGACAUGUAAACGAGUUCAUUCUUCCAGUUUAACAUAUCUGGACCCGGCAGAUUCAAUACAAGUAAUUGUGGAAGAACCUUUCGGUCGUUUAUCUUC